AUGACUGUUGCGAAAGCUUUCUCCCCAGGUGUAGCAACAUUUUAUGCUGGCCCUAAUGAGCACGCUGGUGGAAGUGGUGGAGCCUGUGGAUUUGAGGAUGAUGGAUUAGUUGCUCCUUAUAAUGGCUUGACAGCUGCUGGAAAUAACGAUUUAUUUAAAUCAGGUGCAGGUUGCGGAACUUGCUAUCAGGUGAAAUGUACCGAAAAUAUGGAAUGCUCAGGAUAUCCGGUUCCAAUAACAAUCACAAAUGAGUGUCCUGGUGCAUGCAACGAUCAGCAUUUUCACUUUGAUCUAAGUUACAAAGCUUUUAGACUCUUGGCUAAACGUGGCCAAGGUUUUGCAUUGCAAAAACAUGGAAUAAUCAAUAUUCAAUAUCGAAGAGUUCAAUGUUCAUAUCGUUGGACCCCAAUAGUGUUUCGAAUUGCCAAAGGUUCCAUCAGAGGGCAAUAUUUAGCCUUCGCGAGUGAGUUUGUAAAUGGAGAUGGAGAUGUUGGUGCAGUCGAGCUAAUUGUUUCGAAAAAUAAUGUAGUGCUUCCAAUGACAAUAUCAUAUGGUGCAACAUGGGCAACUGGGUUCAGUAUCCCAGAUACUUCAAUUGGCCCAUACUCUGUGAGACUGACUACUAUCGAGUCCGGGAGAACAAUUUUGGCCACCAAUGUGAUUCCAGCUGAUUGGGCUCCAGGCCAAGAAUAUAGAUCAAGUGUCAAUUUUUGA